AUGGAAGACGGAGAACGCAGCCCCUUGCUAUCUCAGGGUACUGCUGGUCAGGCACAGCCACUCACCAGGAACAGUCCACCUACUUCAAACAUCCCAGGUCCAGCACUCUGGGAGGAUCAGGUAGGGGCCUGGGGCUGCAGAUGCUGUCCUGGGGCAAAACAUCAGGCCUGGAGGGAAGGCCAGGCCUCCUCUCUCCCACUUUCCACAGGAAGUAGCUGUGUCAAGUAUCUGACUUUCCUCUCCAACUUCCUCUUCUCCCUGCUGGCCCUGUUGGCCCUGGCAGCAGGGCUCUGGGGCCUGACUGUCAAAAGGUCUCCAGAGGGUAGCUGGGGUGGAGCCCUGCCGACGGACCCCAUGUUGGGGCUGCUGCUGGGAGGCCUGCUGGUCAGCGUGGUGACCCUGUCCGGAUGUCUGGGUGCUCUCUGCGAGAACAGCUGCCUACUGCGCUUCUACUGUGGAGCUGUCCUCACCUGCCUGGCCCUGGAAGCCCUGGCAGCGGCUCUGGUGGUGGCCCUCUGGGACCCACUGCAGGAUGACCUCAAGUAUACCCUACAUGUGGCCAUCAUCCACUACCGGGAUGAUCCAGACCUACGCUUCCUCCUCGACCGAGUCCAGCUGGGGCUGCAAUGCUGUGGGGCAGUUUCCUACCAGGACUGGCAACAGAACGUGUACUUUAACUGCAGCUCUCCUGGGGUACAAGCCUGCAGCCUUCCUGCCUCCUGCUGCAUCAACCCCCAGGAAGAGGGAGCUUUGGUGAACACUCAGUGUGGUUUUGGGGUGUUGCACCUGGACCGGGAUGCAGCUGGACAAGUAGUAUACCUGCAGGGCUGCUGGCCUGUGCUGCAGCAGUGGCUGCGAGGGAACAUGCGGGCCAUAGGCAGCUGUGCCAUCACUGUUGUUGUGAUCCAAGGGACUGAACUCCUGUUGGCUGCCUGCCUGCUGAGGGCCCUAGCUGUCCAAAAGGCAGCAAAGGACACAGAACCCGGCCCUCUGUGA